AUGGUAAUUGGCACAGAUGGCUCCAAUUUACACGAUCCUAAAUCGCUAUUGGUUUUACUGGCCUUUAUCGCCUGUGCUUAUGCAGAUGUUUCACAUUUGGGCUACGACUAUCAUGCUCCUCCAGCUCCUGCCCCCGUAGUGGCUCCUAAGAAAACUUAUAUACCACCAGUUGCUGUCAACAUGUACCUGCCCCCUGCACCCGUACGAGCUCCUAAGAAUACCUAUAUUCCACCCAAAGCAAUGCCAGCACCCAUUACCAAACCCAGCAAUGAUUAUUUGCCUCCUGUUACACCCAUGAAAAUGUAUCUACCUCCAGUUCCUGUUCUACCACCCAAACCUGUACAAAUUCCCUCAGCUCCCAGAAAAGCCUAUCUACCACCAGCCCCUGUAGCUCCUAAACAGUCACCCAACCACUCCUAUCUACCCCCUGUUGAGGAGAGUGCUCCAGCAAAACACAUUAUAACACCACCAGCUCCCCGUCUGGAAGAUUUAGUGCCCCCACAACGACCACAGCAACAUUAUGAAGAUUCUGAAAUCUUUACCGAAGAUGGUUACAAGACUAAAUUCUUCAUUGUUGCUCUUGUUUUGGUAGCUGGCGUUUGCGCUGAUGUUUCCGAAUUAGGUUACGAUUACCAACAACCUGCCCCAGCAGCUCCAGUUCAAAGUUUUGCUCCUGCCCCUGAGCAAAGCUACAUUCCCCCAGCUGCUUCUGCACCAGCUCCUGUACACCACGCUGCACCCGCCCCAGCUCCAGUCCACCAUCACCCUGCCCCAGCUCCCGUCCACCAUCACCCUGCUCCAGCUCCCGUCCACCAUCACCCUACUCCAGCUCCCGUCCACCAUCACCCUGCCCCAGCUCCAGUCCACCAUCACCCUGCCCCAGCUCCCGUCCAACAUCACCCUGCUCCAGCUCCCGUUUUCCACCAACCCGCUCCAGUAGCCCCUGCUCCAGCUGAUGAUGGUUACUCUUACUCUCAACCUCAAGCCGAUCAAGGUUACAGAUACAAGACUGUCCGUCGCGUUGUCUACAGAAACCGUGCUUAA